AUGAACUUCAAAAAUUCAAAGGGUCUUGAUAAGCCUCUAACGGCUAAUCAAAUAACCAGUUUACAUCUAUAUGAGUUAGCUCUUGCUGUACCGUUUAAUCCUUUAAGUAGACAAUAUUCACUUUUAUUUCAUAAGUUUAAUAAUGAAAAAUCAAUUAACUUACCUGCAAAUCCAACUAUAACUCAAAGAUUUUGUGUAAAUUGUGGUGGUGUAUUAGUUCAUGGAAUAACCUUAUCAGUGCGCAUAAAGUAUCAUAACAAGAAGAAAAAGAAGGUUAAUAGUAUCAAGGAUACCAAUGAUGACAACUUAUUGAAGAGCAGGCGAUACUUACAAUUCAAAUGUUUACACUGCAAGCAUAUCACAAAGGAUAAAACAUUGAUUGAAUAUAAUCCCAAACAAGAGCAGGACUCGAAAACCAAAUCCUCAUUAGAUAUACCAAUUAUAAAAUCUAUAUCACCAAGUCCAGUAGCGACAUCCAAAUCUCAACUGCCAAAUGGCUUCAAAGCUCAAUGGACUCCAAAUAAUAAUAAUCAAGUUAAAGCCAAUAUACCAAAAGAAAAAUCUAAUGAUACUAAUACUAAUAGUAAAUCAAAAGAAAGAUCCAAGAAGAGGAAACAAAACAAUUUAUCAAAUCUUUUACAACAAAAGAAACAACAAAAAUUAAAUGAAUCAAAAGGUAUAGGGUCAUUAAAUUUACUGGAAUUUUUAAAAUAG